AGACGGGGUGAAGGAGAAACGGCAGCGGGCGGGCGACGAGCCUUCGCUGCCGCCUAAGCGGGGUGACCGUCUCUGGGCGCUGGCUCCCGGGCCUGCUCCCGGCCUCCCUUCCGUGUGGCCCGGGUCUUCAGCGCGGCUCUGGUAAACAGCGGGAUUUCGCGCCGGAGCCAGGCCUCCUGUGUUCCCUACUCCUGACAGACUUCCGUCUCUGGCCCCUGAGAGGUCCAUCUCCUCUUUCCCCAACUAAUGUUUUGGGCUCUUUUUAAAGCAUUUCUCCAGUUAUAGCUGGCUCUCUGUUCUGAGAGAGAGUGCUAGAAUUGUUCCAUCAUGCCCACUGUGGUGGUAAUGGAUGUGUCCCUUUCCAUGACCCGACCUGUGUCUGUCGAGGGGUCUGAGGAAUACCAGCGGAAGCACCUGGCUGCCCAUGGCUUGACGAUGCUAUUUGAACACAUGGCCACAAACUACAAACUUGAAUUUACAGCACUAGUGGUUUUUUCAUCACUUUGGGAACUGAUGGUCCCCUUCACAAGAGAUUACAACACCCUGCAGGAAGCACUGAGUAACAUGGAUGAUUAUGACAAAACCUGCUUGGAGUCUGCAUUAGUUGGCGUUUGCAAUAUUGUCCAGCAAGAAUGGGGUGGAGCGAUUCCUUGCCAGGUUGUUCUGGUGACUGAUGGCUGUCUUGGCAUUGGCAGAGGGUCACUGCGACAUUCCCUAGCUACUCAGAAUCAAAGGAGCGAGAGCAACAGAUUCCCACUCCCCUUCCCUUUCCCAUCUAAGUUGUAUGUCAUGUGCAUGGCCAACCUAGAGGAGCUUCAGAGCACUGACUCCUUGGAAUGCCUUGAACGACUUAUAGACUUAAACAAUGGUGAAGGGCAAAUUUUUACUAUUGAUGGCCCCCUGUGUUUGAAAAAUGUACAAUCUAUGUUUGGAAAGCUGAUAGAUCUGGCGUACACGCCUUUCCAUGCUGUUCUCAAGUGUGGCCACCUAACGGCUGAUGUGCAAGUCUUCCCCAGGCCAGAACCUUUUGUUAUAGAUGAAGAAAUUGAUCCUAUCCCUAAAGUCAUUAACACAGACUUGGAAAUAGUGGGCUUUAUUGACAUAGCUGAUAUUUCCAGCCCCCCAGUUUUGUCCAGGCAUUUGGUCUUGCCCAUAGCACUUAACAAAGAAGGUGAUGAAGUGGGUACUGGCAUCACUGAUGACAAUGAAGAUGAAAAUUCAGCCAAUCAGAUCGCUGGCAAAAUACCCAACUUCUGUGUGCUGCUCCAUGGUAGCCUGAAAGUGGAAGGAAUGGUGGCGAUUGUACAGCUAGGUCCUGAAUGGCAUGGGAUGCUCUACUCGCAAGCUGAUAGCAAGAAGAAGUCAAACCUCAUGAUGUCUCUCUUUGAACCUGGCCCAGAACCUCUCCCAUGGCUGGGGAAAAUGGCACAGUUGGGUCCCAUUUCAGAUGCUAAAGAAAAUCCUUAUGGGGAGGACGACAACAAGAGUCCAUUCCCCCUGCAGCCCAAAAACAAACGCAGUUAUGCCCAGAAUGUGACUGUCUGGAUCAAACCCAGCGGCCUGCAGACAGAUGUACAGAAGAUCUUAAGAAAUGCAAGGAAGCUCCCUGAAAAAACACAAACAUUCUAUAAGGAGCUAAACAGGUUACGAAAAGCUGCCUUAGCCUUUGGUUUCCUGGACCUGCUCAAAGGAGUGGCUGACAUGCUGGAGAGGGAGUGCACCCUGCUGCCUGACACAGCCCACCCAGAUGCCGCAUUCCAGCUCACCCACGCUGCCCAGCAGCUCAAGCUGGCCAGCACCGGCACCUCUGAGUAUGCUGCAUAUGAUCACAACAUCACACCCCUGCACACGGACUUCUCAGGGAGCAGCACUGAACGAAUGUGAUGCUAACCUCUGGAGCUUUCCUUCUCUGUUCAUUUUGUCUGAAAAUGAGCCCAUUCAGCCCCAAAUAGCCAUCCAAGGACCUCGAGCUGUCUCAGAAGCAGCACUGCCAAUUUGAAUGUCUCUACUGCAGUCUGAGAAAGGUCCGAAGGGGCUUUCACACUAGCUCCAUGGGGCUCAGUCCAAAACAGCUUUUGGUUCAUGUUGAGCACAACUCCUGAGACGCUUGGACAGAUGAGGAGAGAGCUCCACUGCCGCCCUCAGGAAGCCUGCCCAGCAAGGGCCGUCCCGCAUCCAAAAAGCAACUUUUUUUUACAGGUUUACGUCUCAAUUACAAGGACAUAUCUACUGUGCUUAAAAUGAGCAAUCCAGACGUCUAAAACUUGUCUAAGUACAAACCUGAUGCCACCAAGUUUCAAAAUUUUUCUUAGAACUUGUUAAGAUACAGUGGCAGUGCUCGGGUGCUUCUGGUGUAUCUGAGGUACAAAUCUUUAGACAGUAACCACAUGUGUGUAAAAUCACUCCUGUUCAUGUUUUUAUUUUUUUUUUGUUUUUGUUUUUUCGAGACAGGGUUUCUCUGUGGUUUUGGAGUCUGUCCUGGAACUAGCUCUUGUAGACCAGGCUGGUCUCGAACUCACAGAGAUCCGCCUGCCUCUGCCUCCUGUUCAUGUUUUUAAAUGAAAAUUAAAUAUUUGAUUUUCUAUAAAAUGAUUUCAUUUAGAAACACGUUGUUUUGCUCUAUCUUAUCCCUUGAAUAUAAUUCGGCUUCCAAAAUGUCAUAUUCCUAAAUCCUGACAUUUCUUGGGUUCUAUAUUAACUUCCUAGCUUCUGACAAUGAUCAAGAUUUGCACCUCAGCCAGGUCCUGGCCAGUGUGGUUCAGAGAACACUGAUAGAAGUCGGGCUUCCAAAGGCUGUGUCACCGCUUAUGGUUUAGUGUGAAGUACU